UUCUCCAAUAGAAUGAAUGGGACUCUAAAUAGUAACCAAUCAGAAGAGAGCUCUGUGGCAUAUAAAACCUAGCAAAGCGGCUUAGUUCUGGACACCAGUAUAAGCGUUGGUGUGAUCGUUCCUUGUCGAAAGGGAUUUUGUGUCUUUCCCAAAGAAAAACGUCCUAAGGUCAAAGAAAUCAUGCCUUUCGGUAACACCCACAACAAGCUGAAGAUGAACUACUCCGCGGAGCAGGAGUACCCCGACCUGAGCCAGCAUAACAACCACAUGGCCAAGGUGCUCACUCCAGAGAUGUACUCCAACUUGCGGGACAAGGAAACUCCAAGUGGAUUUACAGUGGAUGAUGUCAUUCAAACUGGGGUUGAUAACCCAGGCCACCCCUUCAUCAUGACAGUGGGCUGUGUGGCCGGAGACGAGGAGACGUACGAGGUUUUCAAGGAGCUGCUGGACCCUGUCAUCGAAGAUCGCCACGGUGGAUACAAGCCCUCAGAUAAACACAAGACCGACCUGAACCCAGACAACCUUGUGGGUGGGGAUGACCUGGACCCCAACUACGUCCUGAGCUCUAGAGUGAGAACUGGUAGGAGCGUCCGCGGCUUCUGCCUCCCUCCACACUGCAGCCGUGGGGAGAGACGCGCCAUUGAGAACAUGGCCAUCGAAAGUCUAGCAUCACUGGAUGGGGACCUCAAUGGCCAGUAUUACGCCCUGAAGAACAUGACAGACGACGAGCAGCAACAGCUGAUCGAUGACCACUUCCUGUUCGACAAACCUGUUUCCCCCCUGCUGCUGGCUUCCGGGAUGGGCCGAGACUGGCCCGAUGGCAGGGGCAUCUGGCACAACGAUGGCAAGACCUUCCUGGUGUGGGUGAACGAGGAAGACCAUCUACGGGUCAUCUCUAUGCAGAAGGGCGGCAACAUGAAGGAGGUGUUCCACCGUUUCUGCACAGGCCUCACAAAGAUCGAGAGCCUGUUCAAGGACAAGGGUCAUGAGUUCAUGUGGAACGAGCACCUGGGUUACGUGCUCACCUGUCCCUCCAACCUGGGCACAGGGCUGCGCGCCGGCGUGCACGUCAAGCUGCCCAGCGUCAGCAAGCACGAGAAGUUUGGUGAGAUCCUCAAGAGGUUGAGGCUGCAGAAGCGUGGCACAGGCGGCGUGGACACUGCAGCAGUAGGUGGCGUCUUCGACAUCUCCAACGCUGAUCGUUUGGGCUUCUCUGAGGUGGAGCUGGUGCAGAUGGUUGUCGACGGCGUCAAGACCCUCGUCGAGAUGGAGAAGCGUCUAGAGGGCGGCCAGUCCUUCGACGACCUGAUGCCCGACCAGAAGUGAACGUGUUCACUCUAGAACCUUAUGACCUCAUCUCUCCCUCUCACCAAUAUCUCCCCCCCCCCUUGUCUCAAAAAACAAUAAUCUUAACUACAUCAAGGAAAUACACUCCGCCCAAUGCGUUUAGUGGCACUAAAAAGUUAGACGAGUCUUCCAUCUGUGUGAUGAAGGAUUUUGUAUCUCAAAUGCUGUCUUGUUGCAAAAUAUUGGAUGGAUCUUAACUUGAAAUAAAAGUAUCUUUGCCCCAUGGAAUGUG